AGAUUGCUGCUCUCGUUCUAUACUCAUUCAGGCAUUGCGAAUAGCUGUCUGAUUGCUAUAACCGUUGCUAGUUGGUUUGUUUGUGUAUCUAUAAUACACGGUGAGAUCAACUUAGGGACUCAACUCGCUUCUGAACGCUCACGCGUAGUGUUGUAUCGCGUUCGGCGCUGCUGCUUCUUUUUUACACAACACCAUUGGAUGCGCUUCUCUACACGCUCUCUAUAGCUUCCCUUUCUCGCUCAAUCUCCCUCACUACUUUUUUUGCUCCUAGCUGAGCUUCAAGUCUAAAUGCUGUCGUCACUGCUUGCGGAGACGACGAAGGUGCUGGUAAAGCGCGAAGGUGACACAGAUUUUGAGGGAUCUCCUCCUGAUGAUGACGCAGCCGAUCCCUCAAAGCAGGAGCUCUAUUCGUCAUGGGCGCUCUUGAUUUUGAUUCUUCUGCUGAUCGGCUCGCUCUGGACAAGCUAUUACCUCCAAGUUCGCAAAAUCCAGGCAGUGCAUGAGACUGUGGUUUCUAUCUUCUCAGGAAUGAUUAUUGGCCUGAUUAUCCGCACUCUACCGGGUCAUUACAUUCAGGAUGCGGUAUCAUUCAAUUAUACCUACUUCUUCAACAUGCUAUUACCGCCCAUCAUCCUCAACUGUGGUUACGAGCUCCAUCAAGCAAACUUUUUCCGGAAUAUCGGACCAAUUCUGACGUUUGCGUUUGCGGGAACAUUUAUAUCGGCAGUCGUCCUGGGCUGUAUUAUCUACAUCUGGGCAUUCUUGGGUCUCGAAGGUCUGAAGAUUCCGUUUGUCACGGCCCUCGGAUUCGGCGCUACACUUUCCGCUACAGAUCCCGUCACAAUUCUCUCAAUUUUUAACGCAUACAAGGUUGAUCCUAAGCUGUAUACUAUCAUCUUUGGUGAAAGUAUUCUGAACGAUGCUGUUUGUAUCGUUAUGUUUGAAACCACGCAACAAUUCCACGGAGAGUCUGCUACAUUUACAGACUUGUUUCGCGGAGUCGGAAUCUUCCUUGUGACAUUCACUAUCUCGCUGCUGAUCGGCGCUAUCGUUGGAGUCAUGACUGCAUUGAUUUUGAAGCAUUCGCAAAUUCGGCAGUUCCAGUCGCUUGAGACUUGUCUGAUUCUGUUGUUUGCUUAUGCUUCUUAUUUCUUUUCCAACGGAUGCCACAUGUCUGGAAUUGUGUCCUUAUUAUUCUGCGGAAUCACACUGAAGCAUUACGCGUAUUACAACAUGUCGCGACGAACCCAGAUCGCCACCAAAUUCAUUUUCCAGACACUAGCUCAGCUUUCGGAAAAUUUCAUCUUCAUCUACCUGGGUCUUUCGAUGUUUACAGAGGUCAAGCUUGUAUAUAAGCCUAUGCUGAUCAUCGUUACCGCUCUGGGAAUCUGCGUCUCACGCUGGGCGGCUGUAUUCCCUCUCUCAAAGCUACUGAACUUUGUAAACAGAGUGCGGGCGCGCGCAUCGGGACGUCCGGCGCCGGAGGAGCUGACGAAGGAAUAUCAGAUGAUGCUGUUCUGGGCCGGACUACGUGGUGCUGUAGGCGUUGCUCUGGCUGCGGGAUUGGAGGGCGAGGAUGUCAACUCUUUGAGAGCGACGGUGCUAGUUGUUGUCGUCUUGACUGUUAUUGUGUUUGGCGGUACUACUGCACGCAUGCUCGAGAUCUUGGGCAUCCAGACGGGCGUCGAGCCCGAGUCCGAAUCUGACGACGAGCUAGAUGUUGAGCUAGGUCGCAAGGCAGCGUCUAUGCCAUACGCGUUCACCGAGAGAAGAGGCACAGUCCGUCGCGUGUCGGACUCCAAGAGCCGAAGGUCUCCCGAUACGACCACGCCUGCUCAGUUCGGAAACAGCCUGGCUCCUGAGCCGGUCUCACGUUCGCCGCGCGGGUCAAUAGGAGAACGGAGCAACGAUGGCGAGCGCGAGCAUCAUCCGUCGUUUUCAAGGACCACUUCUAUGGAUCCCACCGGUGGAGCGAGCUCGACUAGUAACGGAUCUGUGUUAUCGGGUGCACUGCCUAGCUUGCUUUCCCGCACCGCAGAAGAUCAUGCUCGAUGGUUUCAGGAUUUUGAUGAACACGUUCUGAAACCCGUUUUGCUUGAUGCAUCCUCUGAAGCCUUAACACCGCCAAAAUCGUCCGGCUCUGGAACCCCUACAAAGUAAAGCAGCGGGAGAGGGGACGGGGAUAUUUUGCAUGCAGCGGAAGGAAAUACGGUGGACAUGUACAAUUUUGGGUGCUGUCUUUUUUUGGUUUAUUUAUUCGAGUCCUUCUUGUGUUUGAGAUUACGGCAAGUAAGAUCAAGAGGACUACUUAGAACUAGAUGGUAAACGGGCGAGCAAAUGUACUUAGCAUCCGGGAGAUAUGGCUUGUCCGGCUUUUUUUUUUUUGUUUUUUAAUAUUAUUGUAUUCUUUUAGUACGAUUACUUGCUUUUU